AUGGUGUCAGCAGUACACCUAGGACAAUAUCUCCUCGGGAAAAAGAUUGGCUCCGGCAACUUCUCCACUGUGCGACACGGCACGGACCAGAAUGGGCGCAUGUGGGCCAUUAAGAUCAUAGACAAGUCCCGGCUCAGGAAGGAGAAUAUGGAGGAUCAAAUGCGGCGUGAGGUGGCUAUCAUGCGCUCACUUAGACACAAUAAUAUCAUUGAGCUUCAUGAUGUAUUGGAAUCCGGUAACCAUUACUACCUUGUUUUGGAGUUGGUUGCAGGAGGUGAGCUGUUUGAUAAGAUUGUUGCAGCAAAGCGCUUUGAUGAGCCGACGGCGAGAGGCUACUUCCAUCAGAUGAUUGCUGGUAUGCACUAUUGCCACAGCAAGGGAUUUGCCCACCGCGAUCUAAAGCCAGAGAACCUGCUACUUGACAUAAAUGGAACGCUAAAGGUUUCUGACUUUGGACUCAGCAACCUUCAGCAAGAUUAUCUUUUACAGACUGUAUGUGGGACGCCAAACUAUGUGGCACCUGAGGUUUUGAUGGAGCGUGGAUACAAUGGUUUAUCUGCUGACAUAUGGAGCUGCGGUGUUGUGUUGUACGUGAUGCUUGCCGGCCGUCUACCGUUUGAGGACCGUAACAUGAAUGCUCUACUGGCGAAGAUUGAGCGCGGUGAGUAUCAUAUGGUGCGGCACGCAUCAGAUGCAGCAAAGGAUUUAAUAUCGCGGAUGCUAACAGUGGACCCCAAGAAGCGCAUUACUGUUGAGGGCAUUAUUGCCCACCCAUGGUUCGCCGUAGGAUGGGACUCAAAGUGGUUACGUGGGAGCUCUUAG